AUGUCUUCCUCCAGGCUGUUCCCGCCCUCAGACGCGUCGCGUCAAAGAUCGGGAAUCCUUACGCCAAGCUCUGAUGGAUCUCUGAACUCCAAACAUGAAUUGCCGCCGCCUACGACGGCGCAGAGGAAGCGCAGCAUCUCCCAUGCCAUGGAGGACUUGCUGAAGGCUGCGAUUGUUCUCAAGGUGCAUCCUACCAGCACAGUCACGAAGCCAUGCACGCUGCAGCCGCUCAUGCUGAUCCCCCGAGAAGACCUCCCGCUGUCGAGCCUCGACCUCUUUUCACCCCACGGCGAUCUUCCUUCUAGCCGCCUUUACGAGUCCCUAGUCAAGAUCCUUGACCUCGAAGAUCGGGUCGCCGAGAGACCGAGCCUGCUCCUUGCGCGCAACGAAGCUUCCAAGUCAAUCUACGCGCUCGAACGUGCUACAGCCUUUGGAACCAACCUCUAUACCGUCUGUAAACUAGGACCUUGGGUGGACCUACUGGCCUUGUCCGAGAAGGCAACGGUGGUCGGGAAGCAUGUCGCACGCAUGCGGCUUGCAGAAGAAGCAAGGGAAUCUAAGCAAGGCCAGACCAUGCCAUUGACAACGCCCGCCUUGCACAGAGGACACAAGGAGAAGAGACUGGCGAUUGAGGCGCUGCAGCAGUCUAUUGUGAGGAAGAGAGGCCGCUCGCAAUCGGUGUCAACAUUCGACGAGACAAGAGCGGAGAAGCGGACGAGGUCUGACGACGACUUCUCACGACCGCAAACGCCAAGCGGACUGGCCCAGACGGUAGAGCCGAAGCCUGAGCCUACCGAGUGGAUUCAAACACAUCUGGACGCAGUCGAACCGACGCCACAGCCCGUUCCCGAGCCUACUACCCAGCAGACUGCUGGCGACAUCAUGGACACCAUCAGGACACAAUAUACCGAGGCACUUUACAAGUCAAUGGGAUCUCUUGCGUACUUUGCAAAGGGACCGCUAUCUCGAGCCCGCGCCGCGUUCCAUCUCGAUUGCGACGGCACGAUGGAUAUGAAUGACCUCAUAGAGUUUCUGAAGAGUCUUGUCAUGACAACAGUCCAAAUCGACAAAAAGUACCGCGAAGCGAUACCGGAUCUAAUUUCGAAAAUGAAGACACACAUUGAUAGUUCCGACGAAGGUGGCAAGUUGAAGCGAAGGAAGACCAAGAAAAUAAAGUUGGGCAAGGACGGCAUGUACUCUGGUGAAGACGAGCAUGUGCGCGCCUGGUGGAGCUCGAACAAGCCGGAAAUCAGCGACGAGGACAUGGCCGUCACACCGGCACAGAUCAAGUCCCAUGUUUCCCUGCUGAGGACCCGCGAGACGCAAUUACAAAUGAUAUUGAUUUUGGAAAUCCUGGCCCUGGAGCCUCUGCGCACAGCCGAGGCAGAAGGAGAGAGCCAAUUACCUGGUCUGUCAGGCGAGGGGGAUGGCGAGAAGGCAGCAGAAGUACAGCCGAAGAAACGCAGCAAACACAACUUCCCUGUCUUGAUAGACGUUCACGCUGAUCGGCUCACCAUUUGGCAGUCCACUGCUUCUGAUGAGUUGAGACUCUUAGAGGGUUCUCAAGUCACUGCGGCGAACGCCGGGGAUCCAGCGUUGCGGGCCUUCGCUGCUCGGUUGCCUGAGAUCUGCGAUUCUAUCAACCGUAAACUUGGAGGACCCGUCAUCAUUGCUCCGCCAAUGCCCAAAGCCAAGCCUUCUUCGACUAAGCCCAGCACGAAGCCGGGAGCUGCUGCGAAGCGUCCUGUCAAGCCUUCAUCGAAGAACAACAUAGAAAAGGCCUUAUUCAAGGAGCAGUCGCGGCGCAGUAUUUCCAGAGGUCCCGGUAACGCCAUUGCGUUGUUGAGAUCUGCAACCUCGGCCAAUAUUCCCGGCUUCAAGCGUGAAAACAGCGAGCUCGAUCGCAAUUCGCCCAGGGACCGGACGGGUCUACUUUCCAGGAGUCAAAGCAUGACGGCCCUGGAUGACGUCAAGGUCCAAGACGUCAAGGCACAGAAGAAGGCUCUGGUGGAAGCCGAGUUGAAGGAUGCCAUCACCGCCAUUCGGAAACCUAAUCGUGACCUAGCGGGCAAGGCCAUCGUUGAGGAUGCGGCGAAGCGGGUUUCCGGGGGCCUUUCUUCGAUUAAGAAGUCUAAGAAACCGCCGACUCGACAUCCACUAUUUGAAUCGGUACAGGUCAAGGUCACACCUGCUACACAUCGCUUCCGCGAUGCCUUGAGCACAGAGUCACAGGGCGUAAAUAAUUUGUUCAUCCCGAUGUCGAGUAUUCCGCCAUCCAGCGCAUCGAGAGUUCCCUCUACGGGACCACGGAGGGGCCAUAUCGAUAUAAUGGGCAGUACUCCAUCAUCUGCUAUACAGGCCACACCUAUCAAGCGUGGAGGGCACGAGGCCGGAAUUCCGCCUUCGUCGCCCUUGAUGGCAAGGAAGCCUGCGAAAGCUCAGCAUCCAAGCGUGCCGGGAAGUGUGAUCAGGUCGAGAUUUGAGCCUAUGCGGUCACCAUCGCCAGACAUUGGCCUGCCGGCUACACCAUGUAAACAACGGACGGUGGACGUGCUGGGAGACGAGGUGGCGGCAACUCCGAUGCGCAGAUCAUCACUUGCGCCGCCUCCACCACCACCAGAGGAAGAGAAACCAAAGUCGAUUUACGCACGACUUGGGUGGGAAGACGACUUUGACGACUUUUAA